AUGCUCCGGAGGCAGGAGAUGUGGCUGGAUGAUCCUAUCCUCGUAAUAAGCGUGCCCAUCCAGCGUGACAGAGGCAGCUGCCUGAUGCUGGAGGAUGGUGACUUGGACAUUCGUGUCAUUCUUAAGGACGGGCCGCUACCGUUGCGACUUGCGAGCAAGCAGCUACUUAUUAUUACUGACACCAGUUCGUUGGGGACAAAGACCGCUUCAGAUUACCAGAUGCUGGUAUUCGAUGUGGUGCCGUGUGCGUGGGGCGAUGUGAUUGAUGGAUACGUAUCCGUAGAAGUUUGUGCUGGUCCGUAG